UUAAACCUUUUUGACAAGUAUAACACCAAAUAUGGUCAUUCAGCGCAGCUGGAAAAUUCCCACUGAUGUGGGAGGAUCGUUAACGAACUCAACGACAACCGCAAGCGAUGUGCAGCAACGUUCUUCCCCGGCAAUGCAACUGCAGGCAGGCAACUCCUCCGAUGACUCCGACUGCUCCAACCAGACCACACACUCGAUGGAUACACGCGUCGCCAGCCCCGCAGAAGGCGCAAAAAAGCAACCGGAUAAAGAAAAGCAACCAUCGGAAGCCUCCACCACACUCACUUUAUCCCUGCUCGCCGAGCUACCAUCCACGGAUGCAGAGCCUCUGAAAUAUGUGACCACCUCGGACAUGGCCGAGACGAUGCUGCAGCGAAUACGCCAGCGUCUGGGCGGUUCGCAGAACAUCGAAGGCGGUGGGAGUGCAGAGUCUGCCAUGAGAGCGCUGGAGCUACUGCGCAUCAGCGUGCAGCAGUCCUUUGAUUCGGAAGUCAAUGAGAUAAUCAAACGCUACAUGAAUAACUACUUUAAGCCCGCAUUUGGAAACAUCAAGGAGAACCUCGGUCAGCAGUCGGUGAACGAGGAGACGCUGCAAAAGAUGUCCUCGUGUGCGUUGCUGGAGAACGCCAAGGCGCAGUACACGAACUUUGUGCGCCAGCAUCGCCUGGGCGCCGGAGUGACGGAGCAACAGCGCCUGGCCCUGAAGCGUGUGGCCAAGCCGCAGGACAACACCAUCGGCAGCAAAGUGUUUGCCAACAAUCUGGGCUUUGCCGCCGCCAAGCCCAUGCCCUGCACAGCUGCCACAGUGAAUCAGAUGCCCGCUCUGCAGGCAAUGCAGAUGUUUCCGCAACAGGCACAACUGCAGGCUGUCCAGCCACUCCAACAGCAGCAGCAGCAGCAUCGCAUGGUCACUCCGAUAUUGGGCGGAGCAUUGCCCACGCCUGUGCGUCGCCAAAUCUUUUGGAACACGGCCCAAAUCUCGACGAGCACAAAAUUCGUGCUGGAUGUGCAGGCCAAUCUGGCUUUUGGCUUUGGCACCGAUGGCAAGGAGAGAUUGGCCAGCAAGCACCCGGAACUCAUACGCUAUCUCCCCGAUGCCGAGGACAGAGAGUGGCUGGCAGCCCGAGGCAUUAUUCCCGCCGAGAGUACCCACUUGAGGUUCCUCUUUCUGCUCCACGACGAGGUCUGCCGGCUGCACCAAGCGCACGAUCUGUACAAGAACAAACCCAACGUGGAUCUCACCCUGAUGAUGACUUUCAACGUGCCGGACCCCAUGAUACACAAGAUGCGGCUCUUCUUUGUGGAUCUUAACAUCAAGAGCCGAGGGCUGAUAACCAACUCAUUUAUCAUGACCAAUCAGCCGCAGCCACAGCCCCAGCAGCCCACGGUGGCAAAUAAUAGUCAUCUGAGGAACGCGCUGCUUCAAGGAGCAUUGCCACAGCCGCAACAAGAGCAGCAGCAGCCGCAACUGACAACUGGAACGCUGCCCGUUGAGGAGUCGAUACUGAAGGAGCUGCCAGCUGCAUCGCCGACGCCAUGCCUGCAGGGACAGAUUGUGGGGAGCACUACGACGCCCCUCAAGGCCAAGCUGGUCCCAGGUUCCACUCUGAGCUCUUCCCAUGCAACACUCACCGCACUGCUGAACAAUGGUGGAACGGGAGUGGCAGUCGGAGUAGGAGGAGCACCCGCUGUCAAUACUGCGCCAAGUGCCACCGGGAAACUAAGGAAUUAAUCUUAACUAAGCAUUCACAUAUUUCUCUA